AUGAUACAAAUACAAAUACAACUCAUCUCUCUCUUACUCAUCACUUCAUACCAAAAAAAUCAAACACACAUAGCAUUGCCUACUUAUAGCCCCACCCCAGUAUCCAUCCAUCCAAACCCAAUAUCAGUUCCCCACAUCCCAAGAUCAAACCCAAAAAGCCAUGCUCUUUUCUUUCAAUUCUUUGAGUCUUCUGCUAUUUUGGUGACAAAUUUUUGAUACAUACCCUCUUCAACCUUGUUUUUAACAAAAAUCUUGAGUGGGUUUUGUUUCUGAGUAGUGAAAGGUUAGGAAGAAAUGGAAUUUCAACCAAGAAAGAAAGAUCAAGAGGAGGAAGUAGAAGAAGAGAAGAAACAAGAACUAAUUCCAGGGCUACCAGAUGAGAUAGCCAUGGAAUGUCUGGUAAAGGUACCAUACCAGUUUCAUUGUAAUAUGAAAUCAGUUUGCCACACUUGGCAAGACUUGAUUUCUGAUCCUUCUUUUUACCAACAAAGGCGUAAAUCUGGCACUUCAGAACAUCUUGUUUGCCUUGUUCAACCUCUUCCUCAACAACAGCAUGAUUCUGCACUUGAUGUCACACCUGACAUGGCCGAUCCCACCACUGUAACCAAGAAGGAAGACAAACAAGAACAAGAACAGCAGCAGCAACAGAUCCACAGCCCGCCCCAGUUCGCAAUAAGCAUCUACAAUCUCAACUUCAACAUCUGGCAAAGAACAAGGCCUCAAGGAGGAAUACCCAUGUUCUGUCAGUGCCUGGCAAUUCCAUCUUCAGGCAAAAUACUGCUUCUGGGCGGUUGGGAUUCCAACACUCUUGAACCUGUGCCUGAUGUUCACAUCUUGGAUCUCACUGGAGGCUGCAGGUGGAGACGCGGAGCUUCAAUGUCUGUAUCACGUUCUUUCUUUGCUUGUGCUGUUGUUGGACCCUCUAUGGUUUAUGUUGCUGGCGGCCAUGAUGGUCAGAAGAAUGCUUUGAGGUCUGCAGAGGUGUAUGAUGUUGAUAGAGAUGAGUGGAGAAUGCUGCCUGAUAUGAUUGAAGAGAGGGAUGAAUGUCAAGGGCUGGCUUGGGAUGGUGAUUCUAAGUUCUGGGUUGUGAGUGGUUAUGGUACUGAUAGUCAAGGUCAGUUUAGGUCUGAUGCUGAGUGUUAUGAUCCAACUACUGGGUCUUGGUCUAAAUUUGAUGGGGUUUGGCCUUUUUCAAGUAUUAGUCCAAGAGGAGCUACUGCUACUGUUUCUGUUAAUAGAGACCAAAAUCAGUGGUGGUGGUUCCUGGGAGGUGAACAGCAGCAGCAGCAACUACAGCUGCAGACAAGUGGUGAAGAAGUGAAGGAGAAUGAGAAUAUGAGAUUGGAAAUAGUGACUUCAAUUCCAGUUCCAGCCUGUGUAACUGGAAGUAACCCAUGUGUGAUUAGUCUUGGAUACGAUGCCAAUAAACAUCAUCAAGUGUUUGUUAUGAGUGGCAAUGGAAAUGGCAAUGGCAGGAGAACAUCAUCAUCAUCACUGUCAUGUAGCGAAUGUGAUUGUGAAGGGGCAUUCAUUUUGGAUAGAGAUUGCAAUAAUGGCAGUACCAAAUGGAACCAUGUCCAUACACCUGUAGGAUUUUCUGGAUUUCCAUUCUCUGCUUCUCAUCUAACAAUCUAAGUAUUAGACUUUCUGUCUGGUGGAAGUUGAAAGUGGCGCCCUUGCAAGAGUGUUUGAUGCUGUUGUGUCUUAAUUACUUAUGUACUUAGCAUAUGCUUGUGGGCUUUAGCCACAGAUACUCCUGCACUUGCUUUCAGGAAUCAGGAGUUAAAAAGCUUAGUCAUUUUCCCCUUAGUAAUCCUUUUUUUUUGGCAACCCUUAAAAGGGUCUUCAUAUGCCACAACAAUGUUUAUAUUUUGCUUUGGCAAAACAUAUGGAGAUAAAGAAAAGAGUAUUUUCUUUUUAA